GGGGGCUCAGGGGCGAGGCCUGGGAGGCUGAGCCGCGUCUCCAGUUCUCGGUCGCGGGGCCGAGGGCGCCGCGGGUUGGUGCGCGGUGGAGAGGCGUGGCGCGGGGGUGCGGUUGGUCAGUUGGUGGUGAGCAUGGAUGGCCAUAGCCACGGCCCUGCCGCUGGGACUGGGACUGAAGGCCGGCUGGCCCGCGGCUGCUGCACUGUCAUGGCAACUUCUUCACCCGCCAUCACAUGAACCUCAAGUUCUGGUAGGUGGACGGCAUUCUCGCGUCGGGUGGCUGCUGACUGACGAGCCAGAACGUAAUGAAGGCGCUGCACGUGGCCAUCCCCGCGAUCAGUGCGUUCCUGGCCCGGGCCGCUCAUCGGGCCCCUCCUUCAGUGCCUAGCCCGGGAAGAGCUGAACCAGAUGGCAAACACCGGGUACCAGAAGAUGGAACAGCUGUCCCAGGGGAAUAUGUUAUUUCCCGGAUAAGGGGAUGCCCCAGGACACCCUGCCCGCCGUUGUAACCUGACUUCCCUCCCCCUGCCAAGGUAUUUCCCCAAGGAACUCCCAGCCAUCUUCUGGGAGCAGGUGCACCUCAUCCAGAAUGCCACUGAAAGUGAGCUAGUGAGGGCUGAGGGAGGGGCGUGCUUCCCAUGGCCAGCUGCAGUGUCAGCUUCAUUGCGACAGGGCACCAGCACAAGCCUGGUAUCACCAAGCUUCAUGGGUCUAGAGCCCCCACAUCUCAUUAGCCUGACACUGGAAAAUGCUGAGUGCUUGACACAGCACAGAUAGCCUGUGGGCCCACUGGACCCACCCCAGCUGCAAUGUGGGGCCAGGGCUCAGCUGGGCUGUCCCAGCCCAACUCUGGAGCAAGCUUGCUGCUCUCUGGGGUGGGGGGUGGAGGGGCUGCACAAUCCCAUGAGUCCAGGCAGGGCCAGGGCUGGGAGGAGGGGGAAGGGGAUGGAUUGUAUUCAGCAGAUGCUAGAUGGGAUCAGAACUAUAUGAUGGAUUAAAUGUCCCUGACACUUCUCAUCAUGGAGCAGUCCCUGUAGGGGCAGGGAGAAACCAUGUGAGGCUUGGGCUGGGUCCCUGGGCAAGACACACCUCGUCAUGGACACAGGGUCACACCAAUUUGACUGUGACUUGCCAGAGUGUACGUGGGCGGGCUCACCUGGAAAGGAGCCUGGGAGCGAGAUGGCUCUGAUGAUUCAAGUGAGACUGCAGUCUAGUGAAACAGGGUUGGCUUCAGUGUAUCAUGGGGCUCAGGUCAUCAGGUCAUGUGGGACUGAACCUGUCCAAGGAACCCUACAGCACUGCUUCUGUAAACACUCCACAUGGACUGAUCCAGGCAGUACAGCUGUUGCAGAUGGUGAGGCACCUUUCCUGUCUGUCCUGAGCAGGCACUCCUUUGUGGCCUGGGUGCUGCUUCCCUGACUUCCUCCUCCAGCUCCCUCUCGUUCUUGUGUCUGGAAGGGGAAAGUGGGGGUUAAGUCACCGGACUCUUGAGGACCCCACACACCCUGCACGGCUUCCUACUGAAUGUGACAGAAUGAUAGCCACAUUUUCACCUGUGUAGGAUUUAAACAAAACAGCAUGAGAAAGGCUCAGGUGGUAUUAGGAUAGUCCAGUGGUGUGUUGUGUUGGACCCUAUUACUUCCAGUCCAGGGACCUGGAUGGCACAUGGGCAUCAUGUCAACUCCUAAGAGGAUAAGGGUGUCCCACAGCCCCUUCUGACUCUGAGACACUCAGGGAUGUUCACAGACCCCCGCAACUCCCCUGCCACCAGGUGACCUCCGCCAACAGGUAAAUGCCUAUUUUGCAAGUUUAUUGGAUCAUCUUGACACAAAAUCAUGACAGCAGCGUGAUAUGUCUCCUUUACAUGGGAAUGUUGAUAGCAAAUUCUUAUAUAACACAUCAUACAAUUUCGAGGUUCUAGAAUCACUGCACAGGA